GCGAAACGAAGGGAAAGAAGAGGCAAUUGCUGCCCCACCUCCCCCUGUUCGUACCCGUCAUCAUCAUCCCGACCAUAGCGCAGUGGCUGCGAGCCAUGGCCAUCCUCAUUUGGUUGUGUCCGUUUUUCUCAGACUUGGGAUACAAUGAAUCUGACCGCUGUUGUAAGCUAGGAGCGUCGGAGAGUAGCUCGGCGGGGAUACGUCCACCGAAGGAAGGUGACAGCUCCCGUAAGGUGGAGGUAGUCGUGCCACGCGUAGGCCCUGUCCUGUCGUACGGGCUCGCGAGAGGUAACUGCCGCCAUGUACUCACCGCCGUUGGUGUCCCUGUGCAGGUUGCUGGCGUGGAGCACAGCUAUGGCGACCAGGGGCCACAACCAAGUAAGGGAGGGCUUACAAGGAAGGAUGGACAAGUGGGGACCACUGCUGGGCGAAGAACCGUCAAGCAAGAAGACGAGGCGCGCCUGAGGAAAGUACACACUUUACUUUCUAAGAACCGUAAGGAUCGUCAGCACGGUCAGUUGAUCGGAUUUGCGAGCAUCGAAGUAAAGCAAGAGCAGGAGGAGGCGAUAGCAGCAGAGCCGAUGCGCCCAUCGUCAGCAAAGGAGCCAGGGAGCAAGUCCAUUCAUUGUAACCAUGCAGAACAGACAGGUCUCCCGGAGCGCAACGCGAAAGGGCCACCAUCAUCAGAAGAUGCGCCACGGACCAAGGUCAUCAUGCCUUAUAGCGAUGCAGAAAAGACAGGUCUCCCAGACUACAAAGCGAAGAUGCCAUCAUUGCCAACGCGCGAACCAAGAACCAAGCCACCGUCAUCAGCAACCGAACCAAGCACCGAACAGCGAACCGAACAACGAACCGACCCAAGAACCAGACAAAGAACCGAACCUCCAUCAGUAGAAAACGAACCAAGAACGGAACCACCAUCAUCAGUGAACGAAACACAAACUUUCCCAUCAUCAGGGAACAAACCGAGAAUGAAUGUGCCAUUGUCAGCAAAUGAACCAAGAAUCGAGCCCACUCCGUAUAGCGAAGCGACAAAGACAGGGCUCCCUGAUUGUAUUAGCAAAGGGUUAGCUCACCUAAUCCCGCCUGUUCCCCGUCCAUCCACUUCACCAUCAGUUGAUCUCAACAGCUUUCCUGAAGCGGAUGUUUUGCGUCCUCCAAAAGGACCCGACCAUCCAUGUGUCCAGGUUUUGGACGAUGAUGGCAUGCCAAUGCCAACUGAAGAUUGUAAAGAACAUUCAGCAGGUAUGUCUUCUUCCUGGGCCAGCCCCUCCGGCCAGCCAUCGUUGUCAACGCAUGCCAACCCGAAGAACCCCGGGGUGCCUGGGGGGACCUUCUCUGCACACGAAGAUGCCGAACUUAGCGCCGAUACAGGCAUAGGUGCGAAAGGGACGACUCCUAGGAUGCACUUUACAAGACUUAGGAAAGGUCCUUCCAACGGAGUGCGGGUCAGCAGGUUGCAAAGACUUGCUGCAUCGGGCGAUCCUGUUUGCUCAGAGGAUCAGGGGCAGACGUCCUCCCGAAAGCAGGAGGAGAACGGUGAUCCUGAGGAAGGCGAGGGAGACUCCGACAAGGAAAAGGAUGCUUUGAACUCGGAGAGUGACAGUGACGAUUUGAUGACUUCAUCUGACGCUGUAAGUGAUGAUGAUGUCAGCCAGGUCAACGUGAACGAUAAGGAUUAUCAGGAGGAGGAAAGUAAACGCCAGAGAGGUGUGUCGAUCAUGGCCUCUGUGAGGGAUGACUCGAAACGCGCUCACAAGGACAGAAUAGAGGGCGAUGAUGAAGCAGUGCAUGCAGCAGGUGAAAGGGAAGAGGAGAAAGGAGAGGGCCAAAGGAUCGAUCACUCGCAUAGCCGAGGGACGCCAGGAAAACGCACACUGGCAAAAGUUAAGAAGAUGCUUCGCGACGGCUUUGGCCUGCAGAUGCAAGACUUAGAAGCACAGCGAGCUCUAACGAACGCUGAGCGUUUGUUGACCAACCAUUUUCUUCAGCUUGCAGAAAGUUCGGGCGGCGGCAUGAGCGAGGUAGCAUGGGAGAAGUCUCUGAAAGGAGGAUGUGAAGACGUCACUCUGAAGCGGAUCCCAGGUUUGAACCAAGGAGUUAAGAGGCCGGGUCGGCUGCGAAGGACCAUGAAGUUCUCUGUGGACGCGUGGAUGGUACUCCUUGCAGCCGUGAUCGCAGAGAACUUUGACACCGACUUCUUCCCAAUCGUCGGCAAAACCGAAUCCGGCAUGAGGUUCUACGGUGUUUUCGAAAACACCUACUGUUCCGCUCAGGCGUACGCUGCUGCAUUCAACUGGAUUGCCUCAAGGUCUGCCAAGCAUGACGUCAUCAAAGAAGAACGGCCUCAAUACAGCCACCAACUGCACCCGUGGCAUGGAUCGCUGGCUUUCACUGACUCAAAGCGCCGCCACUACUGCCGAAUGCGUCCUUGGCAGAGGUCAACUGCUUUGACCAGGAUGGCGAAGGACAUUUACAGGUACGAGCUGGUGGAGGGGCUGCACAAAGCAGUUUCCGGCUCACGGCAGAAGCGCGACGCGGGAAAGCAUGCCGGCAAAAUAGGUGCGCUGGUUACUCGUUUGCGGGCCGUAAGGGAUGACAUGUUGAAGGAAAAGAUGCCCGUGUCCCGAAAACCCAGGAGGGCGCAGGCCCUGAAGCCAAGGGUACCACAAACCCCGAAAGCCCGGACAAGAAAGGUUCCUAGAAAGGCAACAAAGGAGUACAUUGCCGUAGAUCAGAGCUCGUUGGAAGGAGAGAAGCACCUUAACAAAAGGAAAAGGGGCCGCCCGAUCCGGAAGAACAGUGAGGGGAAUGUCUGCACAAGCAGGAAAAAACUCCGGGUCUCGGAUGGAGAUCGAACCGAAGAUUCUGUAUCUUCGGAGAGUUUCUAAACCUUCUCAUGACUGCAGUCACUAGCCUGUCAUCUUCCCCAAGGCUCGCCGGAAGAACAAGCGGGGGGAAUGUCUGCACGACCACGGAAAAUGUCUGGGUUUUAGACGGGGAUUGAACUGAAGAUUCUGUUUUGUCAGAGAGUUUCUCAUGACUCCAGUCGCUACCCUGUUGUCUUUUUCCUGAGGCUCUCCGCAGCCGAAACACAAUAAAUAGUAUAGGCGUAC